UGAAAGUCAUCUGACUGAUGUGGAACCAAAAUGUGGAGCUCUUCUGCAAGCCUGUUCCUUCUACUGAGCAGUGUGACUACUGUGUCUUGUAUCACACGGGAAUAUUUCAUCGGCAUUAAGGAGAUCCAGUGGGAUUAUGCUCCCACAGGGAAAAACGUAAUCCUCAACAAACCACUUAAGGAAGAUGAGCAAGCUGUUAAAUUCCUGGAGCGUGGUCCCCAGCGCAUUGGCAGUGUAUAUAAGAAGGCAGUGUACCUGGAGUUUACUGAUGCCACCUACAGAACAGAGAUAGCCAAGCCCAAGUGGCUUGGCUUUCUGGGCCCUGUGAUGUCGGCUGAGGAGGGGGAUGUGAUCAGGGUCCAUCUGAAGAACAUGGCCUCUAGGCCCUACUCCAUUCACGCCCAUGGACUCAUGUACAACAAAUCCAAUGAGGGAGCUCUGUACCCAGAUGAGACGACAAAUGCAGAGAAACAAGACGACCAAGUAGAUCCCGGGAAGAGCUACACCUACUUGUGGAUUCUGUCUGACAGCCACAGCCCCACCAAGGAUGACACCAACUGUCUGACCCGUGCCUAUCACUCCCACCUCAAUGCACCCAAAGACAUUGCCUCUGGACUUUUAGGACCCCUCAUCAUCUGUAAAAAAGGUACCCUGGAUGUGUAUGGUGAUAAGGCAGCAGACUACUCAUACGUCUUGUUGUUCACCGUGUCUGAUGAGAACCUGAGCUGGUACCUGGAUGACAACAUCAAGACCUACUGCACUCAGCCCACAGGAGCAACCAACCCUUUAAGUCCUUCAGGCCAAAACCCAUCAAAGCCAACAGUUCCCAACCCGCAACAACUCUCUAUUAAUGUAGACAAAGAGGAUGAGGACUUUCAGGAGAGCAACCUGUUACACUCAAUCAACGGGUUUGUGUAUGGCAACCUACCUGACCUGAGCAUGUGCGUAGGAAACAAAAUCCACUGGCACCUGAUGGGGAUGGGGAAUGAGGUGGACAUCCACUCAGCGUUCUUCCAUGGUCAGAUCCUGACACACCUGGGCCACCAUACAGACACAGUCAGCUUGUUCCCUGCCACUUUUACCAACGUGGAGAUGACAGCUGACAACCCUGGCCAGUGGUUGCUUGGCUGCCAAGUCAAUGAUCACCUAAUAGCGGGCAUGCAGGCCUGGUUUGAGGUAAAGAAGUGUUUUCCACACGUCCACAAGGCACGGCCAACCGGGGAUGUGCGAGAGUAUUUCAUAGCUGCAGAGGAGGUGCUGUGGGACUAUGCUCCCUCUCAGGUCAACCACGGCACAGGGAAACCUCUGAAUACAGACAGUGAUUCAGAAACGUUCUUCCAGACUGGUAGCAAUCGUAUCGGUGGGAAGUACAAGAAAGUCCACUAUGUGGAGUACACUGACAACACCUUCGCUGUGCGCAAGGAGAGGAGUCCUGAGGAGCAGCACUUAGGGAUUCUGGGUCCUGUUAUCAGGGCCGAGGAAGAGGACACCAUCAAGGUAGUAUUUCGGAACAAGGCUACCCGUCCUUUCACCAUGCAGCCACAUGGUGUCCAAUAUAGCAUUGAGCAGUCAGGGACACUCUACUACAAUGAACUAGAAGAAUCCUACACUGCCAAAAAACUUAGGGAACUAAAGAAGGAGACAAAUCUCAAUCCAAUCGAGCAUCUGUCUGUGGGAUGUGCUGAACCAACAAGUCCAAUUCAUGGAGGUCCCACCUCGCAACUUACAGAACUUGAAGGAUCUGCUGCUAACGUCUUGGUGCCAGAUACCACAGCACACCUUCAGAGGCCUAGUGGAGCCCAUGCCUCAACAGGAACAGUAACCCCACCCCCAGCAGCUCUGGUCAAACCAGGCACCACCCAUACCUAUGAGUGGGUGGUCCCCAAAGAGGGUGGGCCGGUGAAAGAUGAUGCAGACUGCAUCACCUACUUCUACUACUCAGCCGUGGACCCUGUCAAAGACACCAGCUCUGGCCUUGUUGGACCUCUCCUUGUCUGCAAAAAGAAAACUCUCAAAAAUGGGAAACAGAAAAAUGUGAAUAAGGAGUUCCAUCUGCUGGCCACAGUGUUUGAUGAGAAUCUCAGCUGGUACCUGGAUGACAACAUUAAGCAGUUUACAAAGGCUCCUAACACUGUCAACAAAGAGGAUGAGGAUUUCCAGGAAUCUAACAAAAUGCACUCGAUCAAUGGCUACAUGUAUGGGAACCUCCCAGGGUUGACCAUGUGUAAGGGGGACAAGGUGUCAUGGCACGUGUCAGGUCUGGGCUCUGAGGCUGACAUCCAUGGCCUAUACUUUGAAGGGAACAGGUUCAUCUACAGAGAGACACGCAGAGACGUCAUCAACGUCUUCCCUCACAUCUCCCACACUGUUAUGAUGGAGCCUGACAGCAUGGGUCAGUUUGAGGUGGUGUGCAGGACGGCAGACCAUUACCAGGGAGGUAUGAGGGCAAACUACACGGUGGAGAAGUGUAGUAUGUUCAGCAGGCAGUCAGAGAUCAUGCUCCACUCUAAAACCUACUACAUCGCUGCCAUGGAGAUAGAUUGGGAGUACUCCCCCAACCGGACAUGGGAGCAGGAGAUGUACCAUGGCCUCAUCAAUAGUCCAGGGAAGGAGUUCAUUGAUAAACAGGAAAAGUUCAUUGGCUCAAAGUACAAGAAGGUUGUGUACAGGCAGUUCACCAGCAAUAAAUUCACCCAACAGAAGGAGAGGUCAGCAGACAUGCAACACUUAGGGAUACUGGGCCCUAUUCUCCAUGCAGAUGUUGGUGACAAAGUAAAUAUAGUCUUCAAGAACAUGGCCACAAGACCUUAUUCUAUUCAUGCACAUGGGGUGAAGACUGACCUUCCACAAAUCAAAGAAACAAAGCCAGGUGAAACACAAACGUACACAUGGUACGUCCCCAAGACAGCUGGUCCUACAGAGGAACAGGAGACAUGCAGCGUGGGAGCAUAUUACUCCACAGUCAAUGUUAACAAGGACCUGUACAGUGGUCUCAUUGGUCCCCUAGUGAUAUGUAGGCGGAGCUUUGCACGGACAUUUGGACUGAAGAAGGAGGUGGAGGAGUUUGCUCUACUUUUCUUGGUGUUUGAUGAGAAUGAGUCUUGGUACCUGGAUGACAACAUCAAAGCAAACAUCAAGAACCCAGCCAAGAACAUCAAGGAGGAUGAGGAAUUCAUUGAGAGCAACAAAAUGCAUGCCAUCAACGGGCUGAUGUUUGGAAACCUUCUGGGUUUGAACAUGGUGGUCGGAGAUAAGGUUUACUGGUACCUUAUGGGGAUGGGCAACGAGGUGGAUAUCCACACGGCCCAUUUCCAUGGACACAGCAUUGACUACAAGCUGAGUGGCCGGUCCCACCGUACAGACGUUUAUGACCUGUUCCCAGCCACCUUCCAGACAGUGAAGAUGAGGCCUCAGUAUCCUGGCACCUGGCUGCUGCACUGCCACGUCACAGACCACAUCACGGGUGGCAUGGAGACCGUCUACACUGUAUCAGAGAAAGGAAAACAUUCUUAUCCAACAUAGUGCGAAAACAUUCUUAUCAGCUGACUGGUGCGAUAAGGCAACAUUCCAUGGAGGAUGGACACCUGGGAUGGGGAACUGGAUGAGGAUUCUCCAGCAGAACUUUUUACAUUUGUCAUCGAAAAAAAAAGGACUACAACAACUUCUGGGAAGAACUUGUUGAUAAAAACAAUUACAGACUCUUCGCAAGAUUUGAGGAACAGUGAUUGUUAAAAUAUUUUUAUAUUAUGUUAUAUUAAAGAGCUUUGUUCCUAAA